AGACAAGCAGUUUCUCAAGUCUCUUCUCUCGCUCUGAUCCAGUUCAAUCUUCCAUCCAAUCUCAAGUGAAAAAUGCCGAUGAAAUAUAUGAUGCUGAUUGCGUCCGUCCUGUUGCUGGUGGCCUACGCCAACGCCCAGACGACUCCGGUGCCCAUCUUGAAACAGAUCAACAGGGUCAACGACGACGGAUCCUACACUUACGGAUUCGAGGCGGCCGACGGAACGUUCAAAGUAGAGACCCGCGACAACUUGGGAAACGUUAGGGGAAAGUACGGCUACAUCGACGAGACCGGCGAGCUGAAGACGAUCGAGUACGCUGCCGGACAAGGAUUUGAAGCUUCCGGUUCGCACAUCCCAGUUGCUGAUGUUCCCGGUGCCGCUUCUUUGCCUGCCGCACAGCCAGUCGUUGCUCAUCCUCGUCGCCCUGUUCCUCGACCCGCUCCACGACCCGUCCCAGUGCCCACCACGUCCCGUCCAGUGAGAGUGGAACAACCAGCUCCAGUUCACGUGCCGGCCAGACAAUUGCCCACGCCUUCUCUGUCCGUCCCGUCUUUCGCCAACGUCCGACAACAACAGGCUGUUCCUCAGCAUGUCAAUACGAUCGAUCACAAUGCCCACCGCGGGUUCAGUUUCUCGAUCGAAGCUCCAGUCUUCCAUCCCACCACUACCACCCCACAUCCGUUCUUCUAAAUGUCGUUUCGGCCUUCUUUUUUUUUUUAGUCACGAGUCACGAUAGUCGUGUAUAUAAAUUGAAAAUAAAAAUUUGCAAAUUCAA